AUGGCACGCCUACGUCGCGACACGCACGACUCGGCCCUGCAACGUCCUCUUCGAGUUGUCGCCUCCGGAACCCUUUUCUUGACGCAUACAUUCACCCUCCCAACUCAUCCCGAGCCAUCCACUGUCAUCCGGGCCAGUUCCGUCUUUCGCUCGCGCGGAGGUUCGGCCAGCACAUGUCUCAGCAUCCUAGCCCAGUUUCCUCACGUAGAUGCGAUGUUGGUUGCGCCUUUAGGAGGCAACGGCGAUGGCCAGCGAAUUAUCCAUGACCUCGAGAACGAGCGGGUGAGCACCCGUUUCUGCAAAGUCUGGGACGAGGCUGGCGUGCCCGGCGCGUGGGUUCUACACGCAGACGAUACUGGUACGAGCACGGUGAUCAACAACAACCCGCUGCCAGAUAUCGCGCACGAAGAAUUCGUGUCCCUCCUUGGGCCUUUACUCGCCCCCGAGAAUUAUGCACAUCUUGCCCCUACGGACGCAAGGGCCCACAACCCAUCUCCGAUGCCACAGACGUCCCCCUCAGCUGUCCAUCCCGCUCCUAUUCUUUCGCAUCAGACGGGCAACAGCCCUGCUCCGUUCGACUGGCUCCAUUUCGAGGGGCGUUCGGUGAAGACGACCCUGAGCAACAUCAUGGGCGUCGACGGGCUUGCGCGCGAACGCAGGUGGAGGAGCCACUGCGUGUUCAGCGUCGACGUGGGCAGACGCGCGAGACAGGGUGUGGAAGCGUUGAUACCUUACGCAGACGUCCUCUUUCUUAACAAGCACUACGCGUGCGCCCACUCGCCCCAGUACGCAGGCUCCCCGCGGGCGUUCCUGCUCUCGCUCACCGCGCUCGCAUCGCCUCAUGCGCUCCUCGUCGCCCACUGGGGCGAAGACGGCGCGGCGGCCCUGUCCGUGCCGACACGCGAGUACUUCCAGAGCUCCGGCUGGGUCGGGCUCGACGUUUCCGAGGCAGCCGCAAAUUCCGGAGACAGAGGCAGUCAGGCGCAGAACGAGGUCGUGUCCGUCAGGACGGGGAGCGACUUCUGGGCGGGGCAGCACACGGCUUCGUCCAGCGUCUACACGGCGGGCGUGCUCUCGUCCCUUUCAUCGUCCGCCGAUGGUGAAUCGGACGACUCGGACGACACGCAGGUCGGCGCGAGGCCACGCCAGGGUGCGAAAGGAAUCGUCGACGAGGUGGGCGCGCAAGACGCCUUCGUGGCGGGCAUGAUCUUCGCGUUGAGCCGGAGCCUGCUCCCUGGCGAACCCUACACGCCGUCUUCUGUCAAACGCGACCCCACGAACUUUGUGACCGAAGAUAGAGAUGGUGGCAAGUGGAGGCUGGAAGAGUGUCUGAGGUUCGCGACGGAACUGGCGGGUAGGAAGGCACGCAGGAAAGGGUGGCAGGGUUUGGCGGAUGAAAUGGCAAGGGCGGGCUGGUUUGUAACGUAG